CCAAUUCUAACAUAUCACAACCAGUGCAUGCUGAACUGAAGCUUUUUGUUUAACAUUUUCAACCCUCUCUGUCUGUUCUUAUUCAACAGACUUUCUAUAAUGUGUUCCACACUUUUGUAUCUGUGUUGAAUAUGUGAUGGAUGUGCCACAAACUCCAACCCCUUCUCCACAUUUGUAUCCACAAGAACUUCAACUUAAGCUUUACCAAGCCUUCAUCUUUUCCAUUCCCAUACUCUUUUCCAUCAUUCUGGUUCUCUUGUUUUACUUGUUCUACCUCAAAAGGAGAGCUUCCUCUCUCUCAUCACCACCUCUCCACAUACUUACCAACACUGCCAAUCCUCAAACAACAUAUCCUUACCCUUCACAACCUUGCCGAUUAGAUCUGACAGUGCAAUUUCUUGACAAACUUCCAAGAAUUUUAUUUGAUGAGGAUUUUGGAACAAGAGAUUCAGUAUGUUGUGUUUGCCUUGGAGAAUUUGAGCUGAAGGAAGAACUGCUACAAAUUCCUUAUUGCAAGCAUGUGUUUCACAUAAGCUGCAUAUGCAACUGGUUGCAAUCAAACUCCACGUGUCCGCUUUGUAGAUGUUGCAUCACACCCUCCACCAAGUUCCUUAAUACACCCUCACCUAUUGUAUCAGACUCACCACAGCAGGGUGGAAUUUCAGGCUCUUCAUCACACAUCAUGUCUAUGCCUCAGCAACAAGAAGAUCAAGUUGGUAAUUCCACAAACACUACCAUUUUCCAAGGAAAUGGUGUAUUACUUAGAUGAUCAUAUUUUUCAAUUCAAAGAAAACAUUCCACUUGCCCUCAUGAGCUAAGAGUUCUGUGAAUUCAAAACCAAUAAUUUAUGAAAUAAUCUGAGGCAGCUUUUCUUUAUCUGGCACUGGUAACAUUCCUCUAAUCAAAUUUUAACCAAUUGUAUUUCUACAAGAGUCCGUCUGU